AGCUCAAGGGAGAACAAGAAACACAAAAUACACAUUCUCAUUUCUCUCUCUACAUUCACUCAUCCGAUCCAGAGAGAUGCAUUCAAUCAUCAGCCAUUAAUCUGCAAAGGCACCAAACUUUGUGAAUGCGUAUAUAGUAUAUACGUAUAUAUUUGCCAGUUGUCUUUGAAUCUUUUUUCUUCUUUACGUUCAUUUAUUGAUUGAUUGAUUGAUUUUGUGUAUACGUAGAUGUCUUUGAGAGAAUUAAAUUGAAAAAAGGAAACCCUAGGUUAGCCGAUUGGGCGGGAUUUAUUGUGGGGCCAUAUAGAAUUCAAUGUGGCGGAAUAUAUUGAGCGGAGGAAAAGACAGGAUUCUGGAAUAGCUGUGGGGGCGGAUCUGAUGGUCAAAACUGCAUCAUUGUUUACAAACAAUUGUUCGGACCGAUUUUUGGAGGGGAAGGAAAUUAUUUCUUUUAGUGUUGGAGUUAGCUGGAGGUGUAGUCGUGCAAGCGGUAAUUUUAUUGAUUUGAGGGAGGAGGGCAAGAGUUGGGAAGUGGAUAGUAUUGUAAGAGGUGGCGGAGAAGGAAGAUGCAGCUGCACUUCUCACCUAGCAUGAGAAGUAUAACGAUAUCAUCAAGCAGCAACGGUGGAAAUAGCAAUGGGGGUGGCGGGGAUUUGAUGAAGAUCAAGGUCUCACCUCGCCACAUCUCUUAUCGCACACUCUUCCACACCAUUCUGACUCUUGCAUUUUUAUUGCCUUUUGUUUUCAUUCUUACCGCCCAUGUCACCCUCGAAGGCGUUAACAAGUGCUCUUCAUUCGAUUGUCUAGGAAGACGGUUGGGGCCAAAGCUUCUUGGUCGAACUGAUGAUUCAGGGAGGGUGGUUAAGGAUUUCGUGAAGAUCCUCAAUCAAGUGAACUCUGAGAAAGUCCCCGAUCGCCUGAAGCUUCCAAUGUCUUUCAGUCAACUUGUUACUGAGAUGAAAAACAACAAAUACAGUACCAAGGAGUUUGCCUUGAUCUUGAAAGGAAUGUUAGAGAGAUCUGAAAGGGAGAUUAGGGAGUCCAAGUUUGCGGAGCUAAUGAAUAAGCACUUUGCAGCUACUGCAAUUCCUAAGGGCAUUCACUGCCUUUCUUUGAGGUUAACCGACGAAUAUUCUUCCAAUGCUCAUGCACGCAAACAGUUGCCUUCACCAGAGUUACUGCCAUUGCUUUCUGACAACUCCUACCAUCACUUUGUAUUGGCCACCGACAACAUUCUUGCUGCUGCAGUUGUGGUCACAUCUGCUGUCCAGUCAUCUGUAAAGCCCGAAAAGAUUGUUUUUCAUGUCAUAACUGACAAGAAAACAUAUGCCGGCAUGCAUUCAUGGUUUGCCCUAAAUCCUAUCUCUCCGGCUAUAAUUGAAGUGAAAGGUGUCCAUCAAUUCGAUUGGUUAACAAGGGAGAAUGUUCCUGUGCUUGAAGCUGUGGAGAGUCACAAUGGGGUCCGGAAUUACUACCAUGGAAAUCAUGUUGCUGGGGCAAAUCUCAGUGAUACCACCCCACGGACAUUUGCCUCAAAAUUGCAAGCUAGAAGUCCAAAGUACAUUUCAUUGCUCAACCAUCUACGCAUAUAUCUUCCAGAGCUAUUCCCAUACCUUGAAAAGGUUGUUUUCUUAGAUGAUGAUGUUGUAAUUCAGCGUGAUUUGUCUCCUCUCUGGGAAAUUGACCUCAAUGAGAAAGUUAAUGGAGCUGUUGAAACUUGUAAAGGUGAAGAUGAGUGGGUAAUGUCUAAGCGAUUUAGGAAUUAUUUCAACUUCUCUCAUCCUCUUAUAGCAAAGAAUUUGAAUGCUGAAGAAUGUGCUUGGGCGUAUGGGAUGAAUAUAUUUGACUUGGGUGCAUGGAGAAAGACAAAUAUCAGAGACACUUAUCAUAGCUGGCUUAAGGAGAAUCUGAAGUCUAACCUGACAUUGUGGAAGCUUGGAACUCUACCUCCUGCUUUGAUUGCAUUCAAGGGUUAUGUUCAUCCAAUUGAUCCCUCCUGGCACAUGCUUGGAUUGGGCUAUCAGCAAAAUACCAACAUUGAGAACGUGAAGAAGGCAGCGGUGAUUCACUACAAUGGCCAGUCAAAACCUUGGUUGGAGAUUGGCUUUGAGCAUCUCCGGUCAUUUUGGACCAAGUAUGUUAACUACUCCAAUGAUUUCAUCAGGAAUUGCCACAUCUUGGAGUAGUAAUUAAUUAAUGAAUGGUGAACUAUGGAAAUAAUGGAUGAAGAUGGAAACAUUAUGGGUUUUGUUCGAUGUCUCAACAUAUUCUGUUAACAGAGAAGAGGAGAGACACAGAACCUGGCCUAGAUUGUUGAUAUUCCGGAUUUGCUCCCUUUCCCCUACUCUUGAAGGAUAGGACUCGUAUCGCUGGCCGGGGCAUGAGUUUUAUUCUUUCAGUUGUAAAUUAGCAUUCCAUCGUCAAUAUUCUGAUAGGACCUAGGAUAUUAUUUUUGACCUCCAUAAUGGUUUUUUUUCCCGUGGUGCUUAGAGGGAAUAAUAGUUCGCAAAAAUUGGCAGAAAAUGCUUAUGAUCGCCGUCUAUCAUGCAACUUGGUGCAUGAAAAGACGAUGCAGGUUCUUCUGUAAGGCGCUACCAUGGAUACUAUUCUUUUCGCAAUAUUGUGUUUAUUUUCAAAUUAGUUUUAUUGGUACUCC